AUGAGUGCCAUCCGCCAUAAAGCAUCAGAAGAAGAAGAAGAAGAGGCAAAAUUUGCAGAAAAGAAGAUUGUGGGAGAAUAAAAGAAGAAACUUUGAGGACACUAACUUUCACCAAUAAGCCAGUGAGAUGAGUUCUUCAGAAGAGUUAAAAGAGAAAGGGACAGACGCAGACGGGAGCAGACCUCAUCAGUGUCAGACGUGUGGGAAAUCUUUCAGUCGGAUUUGCAGUCUCAAAAGACAUGAACUCAGUCACACUGCAGAGAAACUGUACCACUGUCAACAAUGUGACAGCAGCUUCAGUGAGCUAAAGACAUACAAGCUCCACCUGCAGACCCACACUGAGGAAACACCAUACUGCUGCGAACAGUGUGGGAGAAAUUUCGGCGACCAGAGUUCAUACAAAAAACACCUGCGUGACCACACUGGACCAUACCAGUGUGACCAGUGUGAAAAGACUUUUAGUUACUUCAGUAUUUACAAGAUACAUAUGCGUGUCCACACUAAAGAAAAGCCAUACUGCUGUGACCAGUGCCCGAAGAGUUUUAGUUUUUUAAGUUCAUACAAGCGACACCAGCUCAGCCACAGCGGAGAGAAGCCGUACCAGUGUGACUUCUGUGGAAAGAGCUUCACCCAGUCGGGGCAUUUCAGUCUGCAUCUGCGUAACCAUACUGGAGAGAAACCCUAUGAGUGUGACCAGUGUGACAAAAGUUUCAGUGACUUAAGUAGUUACAAGAUACACCUGCGUGUCCACUCGGGAGAGAAACCAUAUUGCUGCAGCCAGUGUGGGAGGAGCUUCUCUCAGUUGGGUAAUUACAAAUCACAUUUGCGUAUCCACACUGGAGAAAAACCAUUCCACUGUGAACUGUGUGAGAAAAGCUUCUCUAUCUCAAAAACAUACAAACAACACGUGCGCACGCACACUGGAGAGAAACCGUACCAGUGUAAAGAAUGUGGGAAAGGUUUCGGUCGACUGAGCAACUACAUGCGUCAUGUUCGCAUCCACACUGGAGAGCAACCAUACAGCUGUGAUCAGUGCGGGAAGUGUUUCAAUAGUUCGUACAGUUACACCCGACACCUGCGUGUCCACACUGGAGAGAAACCAUACUGGUGUUCACAUUGUAAGAGACUGUUUACUCGAUCACAGUCCUUGAAGAAACACCGCUGUGUCGCAGUAGAUGAGGACGGUUUGACUGUGUGUAAAGAUGAACCAGAACUGAACUGCUCACUAACAGAACCAACAAACGACAACAAACAAAAUAAUCUAUAGUGUGUAGGAGUGGCGGAAAUGGCCAAAAUCUAUCUCAGUAUAUGUAAUUUUAUAUCUCAGUAAUGGUAUAUAUCACACUACAGUAACUGUUCUGUAAAUUCAAUUUAAAAAAGUAAUUCAUCACAUUUGAUUUUCAUCUUUUACUCUGAGGUUAAAGGAGCUGAAAAAAUAACGACAUGAAACAAAGUGUAGGCAAAAAUAGAAUAAAAUAAUCAAAGACAUGGUAAAUGACACUGUUAAAAAGGGAGUUCAUUCAUUUUAUGAUAAGCUGGUUUUUCACCAUCAGCUGUGCUAAAGUUUGCCAGCCAGCUAGCUUGCUAAUGUCAACCACACAGCUCAUGUUCACAUUUGCUGGCAAAAUUUUCAUCAAGUCACAACUUGUGCCCAUCACUGUGGAACACAAACAUCAUGAUCUUACAGACUUAUUAAAACAUUUCUCUGAGCAUCACCUGCCUCCUGUGACAUGAUUUCAUCUGGAGGAAUAUGACUUUUCCUUUGUGUUAAUUCAAAGUAUAUAUUAGUUAUAAACACAAAGAAUAUGUUGGACACAUGUUAAUCAAGUUGCAGUAAUAGAAAUUUCUGAAGUAGUUUUACAACCCUGAUUCAAAAAGUGGGGACGCUGUGCAAACUAAAGACAAAGAAAUUACUUGCAAAUGCUUUGACAUAUAUUGAACUGAAUACAAUACAGAGACAAGAUAUUUAAUUUAAAACUGCUAAACUUUAUUAUUUUCUGUAAAUUCUGAGUUUGAUUUCUUCAGUAUGUUCCAAUAUCGUUGGGACAGGGGCACAUUUACCACUGUUUACCACUUUUUUUACACCACCUUUUAACAACACUCAGUAAGGGUUUGGGAACUAAAGGACACUAAUUAUUUAAGUUUUAAAGUGAAUUUCUUUCCCAUUCUUACUUGAUAUAUGAUUUCAGUCGCUCAAUAGGAGACAGGUCGUCUGGAUGGCGGCAUUGCUCAGGCAAAAAACAAUAAAGUUGAUGAGUUUGAACAUUAAAUAUUUUGUCGUAGCACUGUAUUUAAUAGAAUGUAAGUUAAAAAGGAUUUGCUAAACACUGCAUUCUGUUUUUACUUAUGUUUUCCAUAGCGUUACAACUUUUUUUGAACCAGGGUUGUACUAUAUAUCAUUUAAUUCUCAAUUAUUUUGGUCUCCUGUAUCAAAAAUUGUAUAAUGUACUAAAGAAUGAAAAAUACAAAUUGAAGCCUCUGUGUUAUUGGAAAAUGUCUUUGGCUUCAUCUGGUGGCCGUAUUAAGAAUGGAUGUGGCAGGGUUGGUUUAUCCAGAUUACAAAAACACACUACAACUGCAGGCAUAAGAGAUUUAUCUGCCUACAUUUUGAGCUAUCGGCUGACAACAGCUGCCAUUCCAGUAUAUCACUAUUCAGAAGUCUGAGUUACUAACAGCUUUAGAACGAGAAUUGCUGCCUCGUGGUUCUUUGCCUCCGCCAACCAGUCAAGUUGCAGUUUAUGUCCAUGUCUGUCUAAACUCAUAAGUUGCCAUGACACUUGACAGUGCUUCAAAAAUGGAUGUUGCUGCAAAGAAAUUUUAAAACAUGGAUGCUUCACACACACAAACCUGCUGAGUUUUAUUUUGUCCAACCCACUGCAUGUGUGCUUUUGGAUAGUGCUCUGUCUGUAUGUGGUUGUUUUAAUAAAGAUUGCCAGCUCAAUU